AUGCCUUCUAAUCGUGCUGCUUAUCAACCAGGCCAAAAGGCGCCGUCCCUGGAAGUCCAAGAUGCCCCAUACACAUCUGCCGAGGCCGACAAAAUUGUGGUAAAGAAUGGCGCCGUUGCUAUCAAUCCCAUCGACUGGCUUAUUCAAUCGCGAGGAGACAUUAUGUUUACUCAUCUCGUUUACCCCUUCGUUCUCGGCUCAGACGUGGCAGGAGAGGUUGUCGAAGUUGGUAAAAAUGUCACUCGAUUCAAAGUUGGUGACCGCGUGGUCGGCUUCACUCGAGGGACUGAUCAAAAGAUAAAUGACCCUGCUGAGGGGGGCUUUCAGCUCUACACAGUGCUGCGUCCCAAUCUGGUCUCCCACAUUCCAGAGAAAGUUACGUAUGAAUCUGCUGCUGUGAUUCCUCUGGGUCUUGCUACUGCCGCCGCAGGUCUUUUUGAGGAUACAGAGUUGGCACUCGACCUACCUUCGGAGCCGGCGAAACCUUCUAACGGAAAGACGCUUAUUGUUUGGGGAGGAUCUACGAGCGUCGGUGUUAAUGCUAUUCAGUUAGGGGUUGCUGCUGGUUAUGAAGUCUUCACCACCGGCUCUCCCAAGAAUCAUGGGUAUUUGAAGUCACUCGGUGCCAGCCAAGUUUUUGACUAUAAGAGUCCGACAGUCACCGCCGACAUGUCUAAAGCUCUUAAAGGCAAAUUUACUGCAGGUGCCUUGUCUAUCGGACAGGGCGCCGCUGAGAAAUGUAUGGAGAUUUUGAAUAAAUCAAACGGCAACAAGUUCAUUGCCAUGGCCUCUUUUCCCGUUCCACAGAAAGAGCCACAAAGCAUGAUUUUCUUCCGAACUGUCAUUUUCUUCGUUUCGUGGAUGAUUUCCUUCAAGGUCAAGGGUCUCUUCAGGGGUGUCAAAUCCAACUUGCUGAAUGCCGGUAUGAUCACCAACAGUGGGGUGGCCAAGGCCAUAUUUGUGGAUUACCUUCCCAAGGCUCUUGCUGCAGGUACAUUCACGCCUGCUCCAAAGACCGAUGUUGUCGGUCACGGACUUGAGCAUAUCCAAAAUGCUUUUAACACUCAAAAGAAAGGUGUCUCUGCCAGCAAAAUUGUCGUGACGUUGUAA